AUGUAUAACGGAAUCGGGUUACAGACCCCGAGGGGGUCAGGUACAAACGGUUAUAUCCAAACAAACAAGUUUUUCAUAAAGUCUAAAACCGGCAAGGUAGCACAUAAUAUUAAGGGUUUUGAGGGAGAUCAGGGGACUGCCGGGAUUACCAAGAAACCUAAUAAGGAAAUUCUUGAGCAUGAUCGCAAGCGACAAAUUCAGCUUAAGCUUGUUGUGCUUGAAGACAAGCUGAUUGAACAAGGGUAUACUGAUGCUGAGAUUGAAGAGAAGCUUGAGGAAGCUAGGAAGACUUUGGAAGCUGCUGCUGCAUCCGAAGAGGGCGGGGGGCCUACUGCCAUUGUUGGUUCCGACACAAAGGUUUCAGAUACACAGUCCCAUCAAAUUGCUGCUAGGAAGGAAAAACAGAUGGAAACAUUAAGGGCUGCUCUUGGUAUACGAAUGUCUGAACCAAAUGAACAAGGCAUUGAAGAGAGUGAUGAUGGACUUAGAAAUAGUCAAAAGAAUGACUCAGGUGAAGGAAGCAAGUGGAGUGAGAAACGUGAACACGCCUUUUUGGAUAGAGAGUUCACCCGCAAGAAACAUGUGGCUGAAGAUCUAGAAGUUGAGAAGGAUGAGAAAAAAAGGAAGGAAGAAAGCAGGAAGAGAAGGCGUCAGGUUGAUUCUUCUGAUACAGAUAGCAGUGGAAAGCAUGCUAAAGGAAGUCGCAAGAAGCAUAGUAAAGGUAGACGAGGAAGGGAUAGUGAAACUGAAAGUGAUUCUGACCAUGUCAAGAAUAAGAGAAAACCAAAGAAGCAUAAGAAAAGCAGAAGAUAUGACAGUGAAAGUGAUGAUUCUGCUACUGACGAUGAAACUGAUUCUGAUUAUGGCAAGAAGAAGAGCAGAAUUUAUGAGAAACACAAGAAAAGCAGAAGAUCUAGUGAUAGUGAUGAUUCUGCUACUGAUGAUACGGAUGAUGUUGACCAGGUUAAUCCGCAUCACGAAGUUGAGAAAUACAAGAAACCUCGUGCAAGGCAUGACUCUGAUGAUGAUUCUGAUGUUGAUGAUCGCUGGAAUGGUGGUGGCAGUGGGCAUGGGAAAGGGCGCAGAAACAGUGAAGGUGAUAGUGAGUCUGAUCUCAACAAAGUAGAAAAACCUAGAAAGGAAUUGACAAGUAGGAGCCGCAAAAGGAAUGAUAGUGAUUCUGAUGCUAGCGGUGAUGAUAAGUUAGAGAAAAUUAGAAGUAGGAGGAGGCAUGAUAGUGAUGAAGAAGAUUCUGAUACGAUUUAUGGUAGGAAAGGGAAGAAAGUUGUUGAGGAGCUGCGAGGUUCUCUGAAAGGAGAUAGUGACAAUAGCAGGAGCACUGAUUCUGACAGCAGUGCUAGUAGUGAUGGACAUGGGAUAACUGUGAAGAAAAAUCUCAUGGAUAAAAGUAGAAGUAGAGGUGGAGAUCACAGGCAGACAAUUGAGAAGAAGCUGGGUUCUCUGGAUGACGACAAUGAGGAUGGUAGCAGAAGCAGUGAUUCUGGCAGCAGUGGUUACAGACAUGGGAAACCUGUGAAAAAAACUCCCACUGAUAAAUACAGAAGUGGUGCAGAGGAUGGUGGUUAUAACAAAGAUGGUCGAAGUGGUCGUGGAUCCUUUCUAGAAGAGAAGGGCUCUAGAUCUAGUGAUCUUGACUGUGAUGAUAGGCCUAGAGAACUGUACCAUAGAGAAGCUGUGGAUAAAACCAACCGUGAUAUUCAAGAAAUGGGGAGGAGCAAAAGGAAACUUGAUGAUUCAAUUAAGGAUGAGGAGCGUGAAUCGAAGUCGAGAAAUCGAAUGGUUGGAAAAGAGGCAGGGCAUGACAGUGAUCGCAGAGCAUAUCAAAGCAAGGAUUAUCAGAGGAGGGAUGAUUACUCUAAAUUGGUUAGGUCCGGAGGGCAUGGUGAAGAAAUUGUUGAACGUACACAUAAAGAAGAUGAACCACGACGUGGAAGUAGGAAUGAUCAGGAAUACAAAGAGCGUGGAUGGGAGAAAAGACAUGCCAGGGAUGGAGAGGAUCGUAGAGGGAGAAGGUACCAAAGAGAUGAAGAAGAGGAUGAUAACUAUAGAAGGCAUGGAAAGAAUGAUGUAGAUCAGCGGUAUGGUAGCAGAAGGCAUGGAAGAGGGGUGGAAGAAGAGCAAGGAAGUAGAGGUCAUGAGAGGGGCAGGCAGAUAGAUCACUCCAAGAGAUCUAGAUAUGAUGAUUCUCGUUCGAGUGAGAGGAAACGGUAUGAAAAUGACAAACGUGAUGAUGAGCGACUCAGAUAUAGAGAUUAA